AUGAUUCCCAUCUUCUUGAUCCUGUUAUCCUUCAUACCAAACACUGCCUUAUCAACUACAUUCCAUUCCUUCAAAAGGCUUCAGCUCCCUUCACCUGGUUGUGAGGCCUACACCUUUGAUCAGAACAAUACCGGGCCGUACACGGGCCUCAACGAUGGCCGAAUUGUGAAAUACGACGGGCCCAAAACCGGUCUUGUGGAGUACGCCACAACUGUGUCUAAUAGCAACAUAACCGAAGUCCUCAUGAGUGGGGACACGAGCGGGAGACUACUUAAAUACGACCCGAAAACAAAGCAGCGCACGGUGGUCCUAACGGGGCUCGCGGCCCCAGCAGGGGUGGCCGUGAGCCGAGAUGGCUCGUUCGUGGUGAUAGCCGAGUAUUUGGCGUGCCGGAUCACGAGGUUAUGGCUCAAGGGCCGGAGGGCCGGUCAGUCGGAGGUUUUUGCGGAGCUCCCGGGAAAUCCAGACAAUAUCAAGCGAACAAGAUCGGGCGAUUUCUGGGUGGCCGUUAACAUACAAAAGUUGUACCCUAAUGUGACGUGUUUCCCAUUAGGUCAGAAGAUUAACCCCAGAGGAAAAAUUACACAGACAGUGAAUUUCUAUAAUGAAUAUAACUCAACGUAUAUUACCGAGGUGCACGAGCAUGACGGGUCAUUGUACGUCGCGUCGGUUUAUACAGGAGACGUCGGGGUUUAUAGGGGAUUAAGAUGUUGA